CUGAUCGUUCCAUCACCCGCUGAUCCUACCCCGGAGUCGAAUUUGUCCUAGACACAACAUUUGGCCGCGUUGAUGUCUCGAACUUGGCGGUCCCUGCGUCGGGCGCUUGCAUGCCAGAUACCCCGCCCGACUGUUCGCCAUGCGGAAAAGCUGAGCUAAGACAUCAUCUGCCGGCAAGCCAACAUGGUGAGACUGAUUCAACUACUUCUAGAUCCGGCCUGCGGGGAUGAAGAAUACUAUGUUGCUAGCGAUACCGAGUCCAUGCCUUUGCGAGUGUCAAGUUCGUGAAUACAUGCAGUUUCUCCACGAUGACUUGGAUUGGGUCGGAUAGUAUAAAACUUGCUUCGCAACUAUGAUUUUUGGAUGUGAGGCCAAGCAGUUUCUUCCCCCCAACCAUUUCAUCUUUAUCUUGAUUCUGAAGAAAACAAAAUGGCGUCCAUCGACCUUCCAGUGCCCGAAUUCGGGCGUGCUGUCAUUGAAGACAAUAGAAAAGACGGCUACUGGGUCGAGACGUUUAAGUUUGGUGAAGACGAAGUUCCAGGACUUGUUGCAUCUGGACUGGCUUCUGGCGAAAUCGAGUUCCUGGAUAAUCCUAUUGCCGCCGCCAAACACGAGGCCAAGGCCAAGGGUGAAGAGUUCUAUGCAUCAGAGAUUGACAUCACUGGACCAUGGAAGAAGUACCAAGUAGCCAAGUUCGACAGCCCAGUUGCCGUCGUGGCCGUUGACAUCAACAGGAAUGGGUUGACUGACAUUGUGGUCUGCCACGACUAUGGCCCAUUCAUGCUUGAGUGUGAUCCCAAGGGAGGCUGGAUCUCCUGGCUUGAGAACCCCGGUCGUGAGAACUUGGGGAAAGAGCCUUGGAAACUCCGUAUGAUCGGCCGUUGGCCUGCAAUGCAUCGCAUGAAGGCUGGGUACUUUACACAAAAAUCUGUGAUGGAGAUUGUUGCCGCAUCGGUUGUCUGUGGACCGCACGACAAGGUUAGUCUGUCGUCGCCGUGGCAGAGUGCGUUCUGUUCCUGCUCUCUAAUUCACUAUCUACAGAUCACCCCCAUCCCCAUCAUCCGCUUCCAAGCUCCCGAGGAUGUCCUCAAUGCCACUGAAUGGCAACGCUCAAUCAUUGACGAUGAAAACUUCACCGUCAUUCAUGAGUUGACGGUUAAAAAAUUCAAUGGUCCUACUGGACUCGACUCUAUCAUGGUCUCAUCCCGCGAAGGUGCCAACUGGCUUUACUACGAAGAGGGCUCAUGGAAGCGACAGCUCCUCUCGAGUGGAGAGCCGAAAGAGGACCGACAGCAGCCCAACUCUCUAUCGCCGGGAUCUGGUGACCAUUGGGGCACUGGCUGCGCUGAUGCUGGCAAGAUCGGCGACGACCCGUUUGCUUACAUUGCGACGCUGGACCCCUUUCACGGUACAACUGCCUGCGUCUUGUCCAAGGUUGGUCGUGGUAUGAAAGAUACACAGUGGAGGCGCCACAUCCUGGAUAUAUAUGGCACGCCCAACCAGCUUAUGAAGUAUGGUGACGGACCCGGCCACUACAUUGUUUGUGCCGAUUUCGAUGGCGAUGGCGACGACGAGUUCCUCCUGGCUUUGUUCGGCUCUCUGGAUCGCGACAAGGACCUGGAGUCUAUUGUCCCGACGAAGGGACCCAACCCAAAUAAGGGCAUCAUGUACUACAAGGCAAUCGAUGUCGAAAAGGGAUUGUUCGCGAAGUGGAAGAUCGCAGAAGAAUCAUCAGCUCGCAUCGCAAUUGGUAACUUCACCGGUUCUGAUAAGCUUGACUUGAUCUCGGUCGAGUACAAUGUUCCUCGGUAUUACGAAGAGCCCAAGCCCGUCAUUACGCUUCACGUCAAUAAGUUUGCCAAGCCCAAGCCCGCCGUGACUGAGCGUCACAUCGUACCUACGGUGUGGGACAACGAAGGCUUGGUGUAUCUGGCUCGGCCUAAGGAGGUCAAGAGUCAACAGUCUUUCCCUCUGAUCGAGGUUGCAAACUACGCAAUCAGCAUCGAGAUUCACCCACUCGGAGCAAAGAUCCCUGUGGGCAAGAAGGAUGGCAUCAAGGUCCUUUACGGCUCCGUUGCUGAUAUCGAGGGCACUCGUACAGCCCUCGGCUUGCCUCCCUUCCCCCGGAUCGCGCCUAUCUCUAGCGAAGACAAAGAACUCAGCGCCGACAAAGAGAAGGGGGCCAUCAUCCUGAGAAUCGUUUCUCUCGGCGAGCCUGGCGUAUGGGAGAAGGCCGGGGAUGUCCCCGUCAAGACAACGUUCAACACCAAAGAACUUGGCCUGGAGUUCCCCGACCUCAAGUUCACCAAGGUUGAAGAUCUUUGGUGGGGUGACAACUUCAAGGGAGUUGACUUCACCAAUAUGUCUGGUUUCCACUUCCGGUUCCAAGACGACAAGUCCCAGAUCGCGCAUCUACAGUUCUGGACUGCUGGACACAAUGUUAACUGUGGAGUUCACAACCACAGUAACGAUAUCUUCCAGGAGAUUCACAUCUGUCUCUCCCCUGGAACCGAGACCGGAGGUAUGUGGAGGCUCAAGGAAGGCAAGGAACCUGAGUCUGCCGGGCCGGAUGACUUCGACAAGGUCCCACUUCCCCGUCUCAACGAGCAUGGAGGUCUGUGGUACCGCGACUCGUAUGGCGAUGCCGUCCGCGGACACAACAAUGUUGUCUCUUACCCAUGGCACAAGUGGCAGGGAGGAAAGGGCAAGAACGUCGAUGUCUGGUUGGCGCUGGAGUUCAACCCUGACUUGGCUCAGUAGGCUGCAGUCUGAUGCAGACGUGCAAGAUUGGCGAAGUGUUGCUGUCGCUCUCUUAGUAAUUUUCACAAACAAGGUAGCUUUUAAUAUUCUAAUUCCAGUGAUCAACAGACUGAAA